UGAGGUCAGGAGUGCAAGACAAGAUUCCUGCUUGUAAAGAUUUUGAUUAUGAUUUCGCUUUUUUACAUUUCUUGCUGUUAAGUCCUGAUAAGAGAGGCAAGAUUGGAUCCUCUUUAAAGCAGAGCAAGGAUUUCGCUACUUUAUGGAGCAUAAAUUUUUUAUUUGGGACAUAGAAGAUAUGUCAUGUUUGGAUUUAUUUUGUUUUUAAAGAGAAAAUGUUCAUGCUGAUCAGGAUUCUUGUUUUCUCCUUUUCUAUUCUUCGCAGAUUGCAAAAGCAGUAAAUCCUUAGAGACAUAAGUGGAAUUUGCCUUUUAUCUGUACAUGGCUGAGCACAGUGGAUUCUUAGCCUUGAUUGUAGUCUUUGUUAGCAAGGAUUUAAAAAAUAUUCCAGAUCAAAUAUCAGAAAGGCUUACAGGAUAUUACUGUGUAGUUACCCCCCUUCAGUGCCUAGGUUUGAUGCAUUCAGUGGAAGAGAAAUUUUAUGCAACUUGGUUCUAUGAAAAUACUCAGAUAUAAAAUACCCUCUUAAAUUUAAAACUGCACUGUUUGUCUUGCAUCCUAAGCAAUAUCAAAUGUUACCUGUGUUUGUACAUGAGCUGAAUCUGUGGCUACUAAGUUUGUGUUUGUAUGCAAAAGCAGUUAGGCUUGGAUCUAGCAUUAGUAGGUGCUUGCACAUUACUUAUGACUUUAAAGGUUGUUUUUUUUUUUUUCUUCCAAAACAUUUUUUUGAAAAUGGAGUGGUUUUGGAAACAUAUUGUGUUAUUUCAGCUUUCUUCAGAGCUUCAGUCUUUUGAAACCACUCCAGCUUAAUAUUUCUUUUAAAAUGCUGUGAAUCAAGUCAUAUGAGCGCUAAAUUGCUGCUGGAGAGAUUCCACUCAGAAGAAGCGGUUGAGGCAGUUGCUGUUUACUAAUGAUGGCUUCUAAUAAUGGCUUUUCUAUAGGCAUAUUUGUCAGAUUUGUUGCUUCAACUUUUCUGAACUGCAGAGUCUCUUGAGGUCUUGCCUUUGGCCUUGAGGUGCAUGUUGUAUUUUAGUUAUGAACUAACACUGUUUUCAUUGUCCUUCUUUCCCGCUGCUGCUGCUGCUUUUUGUGCACUUGCUUCUUCCUGGCCUGGAUUUUUAUGUUUGCUGUUCUUCAUUCCUCAAUUGUAUGUGUACACAGCAUCAUGGUGAGAACAGAGACCCUCCUGGACCAUCAAAGUCCAUCCAGAGAAUAGAACUUGUUUGGUUUGACUCAAAUCUUCUGCUGAACUUUUAAGGAAAGCUUGGGAACUCUUAAAAUCAUCUGUGUUCAGUGGUAACAAACAGUGAUGACCAGCCUAUAACUCCAGGAAGAAUGAACCAGCAUCAGGGGAGAGAAGCCUAUUUUACUCCAACCAAAGAUUUACACCAACCAUGUCUCAGUCCAGGAACUGCCCAUAGCCAUGGUUUUGACAAAGGGAAGGACGAUGUGUCACAAAAAGAGGAUGCGGCAUAUUCUAUGUCAAAAAGCAAGUCUGAAUCCAAGCUUUUCAAUGGCUCUGAGAAGGACAUCUCUCAAUCUUCAAGCAAACUUACAAAAAAAGAAUCUCUCAAGGUUCAAAAGAAAAACUACAGAGAAGAAAAGAAGAGAGCCACGAAAGAAUUACUUAGCACAAUCACGGAUCCCUCAGUUAUUGUUAUGGCUGACUGGUUGAAGAUUCGUGGUACCCUGAAAAGCUGGACCAAACUGUGGUGUGUACUGAAACCAGCAGUGUUGCUCCUUUACAAAACUCCCAAAAAUGACCAGUGGGUAGGAACAGUGCUGCUGAAUGUUUGUGAACUCAUCGAGAGGCCUUCUAAAAAAGAUGGCUUUUGUUUCAAACUUUUUCAUCCUUUGGAGCAGACUAUAUGGGCUACAAAGGGUCCUAAAGGUGAAGCAGUUGGUGCUAUAACUCUGCCAUUGCCCAGCAGUUACUUGAUCAUCCGAGCCACUUCAGAAUCAGAUGGCAGGUGUUGGAUGGAUGCUCUGGAGCUGGCACUGAAAUGUUCAAGUCUGCUUAAGCGUACAAUGACUAGGGAAGGUAAAGAACACGAUUUGAACUCCUCAGCCGACAGUACUCAUGUCUCUUUCUACGGUCUGCUCCGUCCUAACAACUUGCACGGUGGAGACAAUUUACAGUUAAAUGACAGUGAAAUUGAGAGGCAUCACUACAAAGAUCAAGAUACAUACUCUGACAAGUCUGAUAAGGAAAAUGACCAUGACCACGAGGAAUCUGAUAACGAUGAGCUGGGGAAAAGUGAAGACAGCGACAGUGACACAUCAGAGCGACAGGAUGAUUCUUAUGUCGAUCCAGAACCAAUUGAUAUCAAGGAAACUACUUACGUAGAACAGAGUCAUGAAGAACUUGGGGAGGCAGGUGAGGCUGCUCAGACAGAAGAAGUGUCAGAAGAAAACAAAAGUUUUAUCUGGACACUACUGAAGCAAGUUCGACCAGGGAUGGACUUGUCCAAGGUUGUACUGCCUACAUUUAUUUUGGAGCCUCGUUCUUUCCUGGACAAGCUCUCUGAUUACUACUACCAUGCAGACUUUCUGUCUGAAGCUGCUCUUGAAGAGAAUGCUUACAACCGCAUGAAAAAAGUAGUGAAGUGGUAUUUGUCAGGAUUCUACAAAAAGCCAAAGGGACUAAAAAAGCCGUACAAUCCUAUACUUGGAGAGUUUUUCCGCUGCAUGUGGAUUCAUCCAAGGACAAACAGCAAGACUUUUUAUAUUGCAGAACAGGUGUCACAUCAUCCUCCAAUAUCUGCCUUCUAUGUUAGCAACCGCAAGGAUGGGUUUUGCCUUAGUGGUAGCAUUCUGGCCAAAUCAAAAUUCUAUGGGAAUUCAUUAUCUGCCAUACUAGACGGAGAAGGACGGCUAACAUUUCUAAAUAGGGGAGAAGAUUAUGUAAUGACAAUGCCAUAUGCCCAUUGUAAAGGAAUUCUUUAUGGAACCAUGACCUUAGAGCUUGGAGGAGUAGUCAACAUCACCUGUGAGAAAACUGGCUACAGUGCAACAAUUGAAUUCAAACUCAAGCCUUUUUUGGGUAACAAUGACAGUGUUAACCAAAUAUCAGGGAAAAUUAAGCUUGGCAAAGAAGUUCUGGCUUUUUUAGACGGUCACUGGGACAGUGAAGUUAUUAUUAGUGAGAAGAAGACAGGUGUUUCAGAGACAUUCUGGAACCCAACAUCUGAGAUGAAGCAGCAUAGAUUACAUAGAUAUACUGUGAAGCUUGAAGAGCAAGAUGACUUUGAGUCAGAGAAGCUUUGGCAACAAGUGACAAAAGCAAUAAAUAACAAAGACCAAAUAAAAGCUACUGAGGAGAAAUAUGUUCUGGAAGAGGCUCAGAGAAAGAGUGCCAAAGAGAGGAAACUUAAGGGUGAAGAGUGGACAUGCAAGCUGUUCGAUCAGGAUUCAGUCACAGGAGAAUGGCACUAUAAAUAUGCUGAUACCAGACCAUGGGACCCUUUGAAUGAUAUGAUCCAGUUUGAAAAAGAUGGCACAAUCCAGACAAAAGUUCGACAUCGGACACCAAUGGUUACUGUCCCACAAAUCAAACGAAAGCCAUCCAGUUUGACGAAAGGAGAGUGUGGUUUCUCAUCCCCAGAGCCUGAUAACCAGGAUUCCUCUGGGAGUGAAGCUCAACUUAUGAAGCAUAAUACAAGAAUAAGGAAAAAAGGGGCAGACCUUGGUGAACUGCAGAGUGCCAUUGAGUCUGUAAAGGAAACACAGGAAGACAUUAAGAGGGAGAUCAUGGAGCUACGAGAUAGAGUCACUUCUAAUUCAUCACCCGGGGACUACCAUUCCUUGCAGUUUAAGCACUAUGUCUUCAUUGUACUCAUGGUUCUGCUACAGCUUAUCAUUAAUGUCUUGUUCAAAUAAGAAGUGUGAACAAGGGCCUUCUUGAACUGGAAUGAUCAAACUGUUACUGGGGACCAUAUUUUAAGCUGGACUUUAAAUGAUGCAAUAUUAUGUAAAAAAACUGUGUAGCAACAACUUACAGAACUUUGCCUCAGCAUUCAUGGUUCAGAAUCAUACUUGUGUCUACCCAGUUGCAGUAAGAACUGUGUAAGUGCCAGUACACUCUUGCUCCUGGUGUGUGCCUGUCUCGCAGUCAUACGACAUCGGCCUUGUGCUUAUAUUGCGUCACACUGAUGAAUCUUCACCACAGAAUAGAUCAAGCUAAACACUGAGGUCAGACCCCAUAGGUAGGAUGUGAUUCUUAUUAUGGUAGAAUGAUAAACAGGCAUACUUCAUUACAUAUAAACUUAUCAUUUUUGUAACAAAAACUUUUGAAGUAGCCAACAGCUUUUGUAAAUGGCAUUGGGUGUUUGGAAGUAAACUUUUGUUUAAGGUCAAACAAAUGCAUUAUUAUAUGAAAAAUCGUGAGUGUUAGGAAAAGGCAAGUAAAAAGCUGAAGUCUUUGGGAAAUCUGCAACAUAAUGUCCUUGAUUAGUUUUGGAAGUAUGAGGUUUUUAUCCUGAAUUACUGUAGGCUUGUAAGCCAGCUGUUUUAUAGUUUUAAAACUUAAGAUUCCUCUUAAAAACAUUCCCACAUCUACUGUACAGAGCACAUUUUUAACAGUACAGCAGCCAGGGAGGUACUGUUUGGGUCUACUCUCUCAUGAAUUGCAAAUGUCAAGGAUUUCUGGUAUGUUUGUAAGUCUUGAAAAAUCUACAGCUUUGGAUUUACAUUUGUGUAUGGCCAUGUCAUAGUAAGCAGACAGACUGCUCAUGCCAGGACUCAUAGGUAUUUUUGGAACAAAAUGUCAAGGGGUAUGCUUAGUGUGUAGCUUGAGCUGAGUCUCCAAAAGGCAGUGUAGAAUAGGAUUCAGUCACUGUCAUGAGCAGAGUUGCAAAUGAAAAUGUGUGUGUUUACACAGGGAAAGCUCAAAAGUUGUGUGUUGGCUAACACCACAUAUCUCAAAACAAAUAAGAAGAAAAUCCAAGUGUUUGAAAUCCCUCUGUACUGCAAGCAUAUACUACCUACCAGAAUACAUGGAUGCACCUUCUUAGUAUGCUGUAGCCAUACAAAUUCAUUCAAAGCUUAAAUUCAAAACCAGGGUUUCUAACAUUUUUUAUUUGAAGAAAUAUAUGCAUGUAUAGAAUUUGUAAAAUUCCAGCCCAGGUGAGACAACAGGAGGAUGAGUGGCACAAUAUGAAGGACAGCCAAGUUUGUUUUCAGAGGAUUCUCUCAGGAAUCAAAUCCAUCCUGGGCAGUGGAACAGUCUGAAAGUCAUGUUUGGCUUUUUGCUGUGGCCAGGUUAUGCCUCUGCCUUGGGCAGCCUGCCUGACUCUCCAGAUGAUCAGCAUUUCUGUUCUGCAUCAGUCUCACCUAGUAUAUAGUAAAAAUACUGUUUACUCGUUUAUCUGUCCAGCUUAUAUAUUUCUGUGGCUGACGCUUCCACACACCUCCCCUUCUCUUUUACCUUUCUUCUUCCGUGGGCCUCAGCUGUGUAAAAGUCUAUUGUGUAAGCAGUGAACUUCAGCAUAUUUUGUACAGCUUCACAUUAGCAUGGUUUGGUCUUGAAUAAUUUUUCUGGAACAUGUUAUGUUAACCAGACCUUGGGCAAGACCAAACCUGGUUGGAUUGCUAUUAAAUCUACAGCUGAUGGGGCAAAAUUUGUGAACAUAGAAAGUCCCUUCAUAAACAAACAAAAUAAUUACAAAUGCCUCAGUCUCUAAAUGGAAACUGAAGUUCCCCAUGUAUGAAAUGGCAUUAAGAAAGCAGAGUAUUACGGCAUUCACUUCAACAUUCUUAGCCUGGAAUUUGGCUGUUCAUUAUUGCAUUCAGAUGUCAAGGCUUCACCUGUCUUAAGAUCCAUUACAAUCGUUUAAACAUACUCUGAAUGUGAGAAUAAUCCAAUGACUGAGAAUUGGGCAAUAACUUCAAUCCCCUAAAAUAAUACUCUGCUAAAUCUGUGGUGCUGAAACUCUUGACUGGUAGUUUCAAGCUUUUAUCUUCCUUGUAAAUAGAAAUAUCCUUCUGCCUUUUCAUGCUGAUUUUUUCAAUCACUUCUAUCAAGAGCAGUGAAUAACACAGUCUGCAUGUGUUUUCACAUGGCCUGCAUGGUAGUGACUGGAUUUGACCCAGCCAGCUGGCUGGCUGGCAGUGUUGGGCAAUGUCAGACUAAAAAGAUAAUCCAUAGCUGAAGUUCAUGCUUAGCUCAAGAUGAGUGAAAGGCUUGAACACAGCAAAACAAAAUCCUUAUGCUUAUUUCCCUUUUCAGCUUAUUUUUUAGAGUUGAAUUCUGCUGAAAAGGUGGUUUUAGUGAUGAUCUGGAAAGGUAAAGGAUAUGUGAUGAAACUUCUUGAAAAGUAAAAUUGCAAGACUUCAUGAUUAGAUAAAUUCUGAAAAAUACAAUGAAAACCUAGUAAUUCUUAUUUUGCUGGAUUUUGUAUUGAAUAGAACAAAGAAACUUCUUCCCUAUUUUUUACUGUACAGUUGGUCACAGACAUGUAUGGAUCCUUUUCUUUAGUGUGUCACCAUUGUCCUCUUUAGCCAUGAUGUACAGCAGAUCUUGACUACUACCUGCUUAAGACUGAGCUCUGCACAUAUAUAAAAAUUGAUUGUACAGUUUGCAGAUGCUUGAGGGCUGUGGCCUUCUAGUUUUUAAAGUUUAUAACAGCACUUGUUUUCACAUUUGAUUUCCAAUUCCUGUUUUGUUUGGUUUUUUUUUCCUUGUACAGGAAAUAUCUGCAGAAUUUGCCACGUGGUUUUGUUGGGUUGGUUUGUUUGUUUUUAGAUGCACUCUAUGCCUUUAAUUUGCCAUUUAGGUACAGGUUGCCUAACUGGGUACAGAUAACCUAAGCUAAGAAAAAGUAAAUAUGCCAUGUGAAAUGCAACAAGUAUCAUUUUCAGUAGAUGAUAUUUCUUGAAUUUCAUGUGUUGAUUCCUUUUAAAUAGCUGAUAUCACUUGAUGAGGGUGUAUAGUCUGAUCUUCAUGUCCUUCCUCCCACUUGUGAAAUCUCACAAAUUAUUUGCAAGGUUUUCUUGUAAAAUGUAAUGGUUGUGGUUUCUUCUUUUUUGUUUGUUGUUUGCUGCCCUUCUGUGCCUUUGGCAAUUUUUUUUUUCUUCCUAGGUUCAUGUUUAUGAAACAGAGUUGUAAUUCAGUGUUUCUUAAAGGCUGUUAUUUUUAGCUAUUACCCUUGUUUGUGUAAAUAAUGUGUAACAAAAAUUCUGUACAUCUCUAAGUUUUAAUUAUUUUUAUUUCAGGAGUACCCGCAAAUCACAGAACAUUUAGCAGAUAUUCAAGUAUUGUAAACAGUGCCUUCUUGAUGGGUUUCUAUGUUGUUCGGAGACAUGUAAAGAUUUGUCAAAUCUGUGCCAUAUAUAUCGGAUCUCUUGUGAGGGCUAUUGUGUUUGAGAACUGAUGUUCCUGCUUAGUCAGUCUCUCGGGGUGGAAAAAAUCAGCUCUUAAAACAUUACACUAUUUCUCCUUUCUGGCUGGUGAGCCAAAAGUGGAGGAUUUUGGGAUGUUUACAGUGAAGCUGCACUACUCUGUGGCAACACAGAAAUAGCUCGAACGAUGUAACUUCGGGGUGAGAUUAUGUGAGCUUCUUCUCCUUAACUUUUUCUCCUUUAUGCCCUACCCCGGCCUUUCGCUCUGCCAAGCGGGAAGAUUAGCCCUCAGGACACAGCGCCCGCUUCCCCGUCCCGCGUGUCCCGCCCUGUCCGGCACCCGGGAUCACCGCUUUGUGUGAGGGAUCUGAACUGUUACGGUCCGCCUCCAAUAAAGAUGUGUCCCACC